AUGCCGAUCCGUGCGGCAACCUACUCGGAUCUGCUUCCCGCAUCUAAAUGUCUUGCCCGAGCAUUCAAAGAUGAAGCUCUCUUCGGCGUGUACAUGCAUCCUCGCAGAGACCAAUUCCCAGACGAUGUAUACCUCCAAUUUCUUCACCGAUUACGGGAUGGCUGGGCCAGUGGUCCAGACAAUCACUUCCUGGUCUCCUACUUGCAGGCUCCCGAUACCACAGAACAAAUCACUGGAUUUGCACACUGGAAACGCAUGCGCGCCAACCCACAUACUACUGUCGUGCAGAGAGUAAUGAAGACUGCUAUGAAUUGGUACAAUUAUCUCGAAUCUCUCAUCUACCCUAAUCGAGCGCUGGAACCGAGCCGCGCCGCUAUCCUCGGACAGAUUGGCCCCUUCGCGGGACAUUUGUGGUCUGGUUCACGCGCGGAAGUUUGGGACCUCGUGUUGCUGGGCGUGGACCCGUCAUAUAGUGGCACAGGUCAGGGCAGAGAACUGGUAGCCUGGGGCUUUGAGCGAGCUAAAGAAGAAGGCAUAGGCUGUUCCGUCAUCAGCGCUGAGGGUGUCGAGCCGUUCUAUCAACGAUGUGGUUUCGAUAAGAUUGUUGGCAGUGUUGCAGAGCAUGGGGGCGAAACAAAUCCUUUUAUUCGAGAAAAGGUUCCCGGUGGAACGAUCCUGUUCUGGGACAAUGGGAGAGAUAUCAGUGGAGUCAAAGGGUAUGGCGAGCAGUAAGCGGAUGAUCAAGAACAUUCGUGCCACUGCACUGCCCAGUGAAGAGCAUGCCGUGAGACUGCAAGUAUCAGUGUACUGUGUGUGCAACAAACGGUCGUCGCUGGUCUCAAUCGAUGCUGCUUCGCCUCCGGCGAUCAAGUCCGAUUGCACGAACUGACAUCCUGCCCCGUUCGUCCACUCAUAGGACAUUCGGACCGGCCGUGUAUGGAGAUUGCCGCUACACAUAAAACGGAGGUCGAGAUCGGGGCGUCGAGCUCGCUUCGAAAAAGAAGGUGGUGCUGCGCUCGAGGAUGGGGAUCUGGACGAGGCCACGGAUCGAUUGGCGUCAUUCUUCUCCACCUUUGAUGCACUCAUCUGAUGCACAAAACGCCAUGCCGCGGCAUCCCGUGAGCUUAACGCACGUCGCUGGAGCAGCGAGGCAGGCCAGGCAUGCUAUGGCCGUUCAUUGCCACUCUCUGGACUCCAAUCGACGUUGACUCACGGUAGCACAUACGGACCUUGGCGAACAUGGUUCGAAUGCUUGCAACCUCGUGGAUGUGGCCCGCUGACGGUGCAGCUCCCAGGAGUCCCAUCCCAUCUCCGCUUCGAGUGAAGUACUAGAUCUGCCACCUCUCCGCUGUUUCUCUUUUUGACUAACUAACCUGACUACCACU